AUGGCGGAAAUAAUAAGUGAUGGAGAGGACAGAAUAUCAGAAUUGCCAGUACACAUAAUUCAUGACAUCUUACGUCGGAUUAAUGUUGGUAUAUACGGAGCAAAAGAAGAAGCUCGAACUUGCGUCUUGUCUAAGACAUGGAAUUCAAUUUGGAGAACGCGACCUAAUGUGAUCAUUCAGUCCAUCCACCGCAGUUUCUACAAGAAUUUGGAGAAUUUCGUUAAAUUCGUCGAUGAUUCCUUACGGACCUAUGCCGAGCAAAAAUUAAGCAUCGAAACACUAUGUCUCAUGCAUCUUGAUUGUCCUCAAGAAUUGGCUUCUCAUGUGGAUCGCUGGUUCAACUUUGCACUUAAACUUCAUGUCAGAUAUCUAUGUAUUGACGCAUCUAUGUUUGGUUCAACGUACUACAGCAUACCUGAUUCUGUUUAUGCAGUGAAUAAUACGCUGACGGUAUUAUCUCUAGCGAAUUGCAACAUUGAAAUAGAUAAUAGCACCAACAAAUUGCAACGAUUAAUUAGUACAUGCCCGUUGAUUCGGGAUCUAAGGUUAACUGAUUGCAAGGGUUUCCAGAAUUUCCAUGUUACGGCGGGCCUAAUAAAUUUGGAGAGAUUGGAGCUAAUUUGGUGUAGAGAACUCAUAAAGGUGAAAAUAGGCGCUCCAAAUCUUAAGAACUUUGUAUUUGUUGGUGUGCCAUUGCACAAGUACCCCAAGACACGUGAGCCAGAACCGAUGCCUUGCACAAUUGAUAUUUUAGAUGAUUCAAGAGAAAUUAUGAUUCCACCGGCGCAAAAACUAGAGCUACUCGUCAAGAAUCCUUCAAUGCGUCUUCCGUCAUUCGUAAAUGAUAUAAUGUCAUCUCGGCCCAAGAUUGCAUCUGUAGUGCAUGGUAUUGACUGCAAAAUACCCCAGGUCUUCCAUGAGUCAGCAACGACAUACACAAAGAAGCAGUACGGAAGGCUAAAAGAAGUCACUAAUCACAAAGGCGUAGUAGCUGAUGAGAAUGGAGAAACAUCUACUUUCUGCACUUGGCUGAAAUCCACGUCUCUAAUUGAGCGGAUUACUACUUUUAGUUUUAAAUGGGUGUAA